AUGCAUAAGAACUUUAUAAAAUCAAUUGGGAUCAUCUGGAACUUAAAACAAAAUGUUAGGAACCUUAAGGAAGAUGGUCGGAAUGAUCAGAGGACACCGGAGAUGAAGAAGAGGGAGAGUAGAAGGAAUGGAAGCGGCUCCAUUCGAAUGGAGACGACUCCAUUCAAAUGGAAAAGUGGAGGUGGCUCCUUUUGGAUAGAGCAUGCUCUCUUGCUGGAACACUGCAGAAAGUGUAUUUAUGGUUCUGUUUUGGAUUUUUGGGAUUUUCUAUGGUUGCUUAGACUGAAAUUAACGAAUUCAAUGGAGGAGUCAGAUUGGGCAUGGCUUCCCAAGCAGUUAUUGGAUAUGAUUCUGGACAAUUUGGUUUCGCUUUCUGAAUUUGUUCAAUUUGGUGCGGUUUGCAAACCAUGGCAGUCUGUGGCAAUGGAGAACAAACUUAAAUUCGUUCAAAAUAAGUUGUCUAGACAAGUUCCAUUUUUGAUGGUGCCUACGGAAGAUAAUAGUGACGAAAGACGUAGUCUAUAUAGCAUCACUGAUAAUAAGCUAUAUGAUUUUCAGUUACGAGUACCUUACAAAAAGAGGCUUUCUGGUUCCUCGUAUGGUUGGUUGUUUACUGUGGAAGAAUCCUUAGGCGUAACUCUAAUGAAUCCGUUCUCUGGCGCUAUCAUUGAGCUUCCUCCAAUUAUGAACCUCUCAGAAUUGGAACCUCAUCCUAAUCACAUUAAUGUUAGGCCUCUUGAGGUUGAGUUUGAAGUUACAAAGGCUAUAUUGUCAGCCGACCCUGCUUCGUCGCCUAAUGACUAUAUUGUUGCCGCCAUCUAUGGUGAUUGUUGUAACCUCGCAUUUAUUCGGGCAGGAGAUAAAGCUUGGACUUACAUAGAUAAAAAGAGAUUUAAGCCCCUCUAUGAUGUCAUAUAUUAUAAAGGCCAGAUUUUUACAGUUGAUAAUAGUUAUAGAGUCAUAAUAAUUGACGUUAAUAAAAGGGCGGGGGAGAGUAAGGCUCCACAAGUGGAGGUAAUUGAACUCCGAACUAAUAUGUAUGGUGAUCCGACAUAUCUUGUCGAAUCAUCUAGUGGGGAUUUACUUUUUGUACAAAGGUCUUACGAAGUUGGAGACGAUUCACAACAUGCAACAUCAGGGUUUGAGGUUUUCAAGUUGCACUUAGAGCAAUUUGAGCAGGGUUCGCCUAUGCAGCUUAAAGGAAAAAACUUGAAGAACUUGGGCGGAGACACUCUAUUUUUGGGAGAUAACCAUUCAAUUUGUGUUUCAGCUCCCAAAUGGUCUGGAUGCCAACCGAAUUCCAUAUACUACACCGAUGAUAAUAUUGACAUUCUAUUCUAUCCCCCAUUGGGGCGCCGCGACAUUGGUAUCUUCAACAUAGAGAAUGGAAGCUUUGGGACGCAUUACAACCUUGAUCAUUCACAUAACCAUAUGCCACCUUCAAUUUGGAUUGUGCCAACUAUGUUAGGAAAGUGA